GCUGUUUACCCUUGGCCAGGCCUUGACAAUUUGUAACCCUUAGCAAAUCUACAUCAGCUCCAACUUAUAUAAGCACAAGCUAGAGCCGGCCUCCAAAAGCUGGUGGAAGUCUGUACUGCUAGAUGCCCAGGAAUUUGGCGAGCCAUCAACACUUCAGAGGGUACUUUAAAUGUUUUGGUUUGAGACCUAAUGCAGCACUUCCCGCUUGUCAACACGAACAGCCCAAGCUACAAAAGCAAAGUACAUGUCCCUCAGUGCCAGUCAGAUGUUACACGCAGUCGCUGAACCAAUCUUACCUACAGGGACUGUGGAGACCAGAAGAACUGUGUCUGGAAUUCUCUCCUCUGAAUCCUGGAUUCUGUUGGUGAAGCUUGCCUCUGAGAUUCCUGAACAUGGAGAAAUAGAGAUUAAAACCUCCGAAGAGAGGGAGUAAAUGGUUCACAGCCUUGAUCUUUGCCUCCAGAAGUGAGAAGAUGGACAACUCCACAACCACAGACUCUUCAAACAAGUCGUGCCCCUGGAACACCCUGAUCACAAAGCAGAUCAUUCCCGUGUCGUACGGUAUGGUCUUCAUCACGGGGCUCCUCCUCAACGGGAUAUCAGGAUGGAUAUUCUUUUAUGUGCCCAGCUCCAAGAGUUUUAUCAUCUAUCUCAAGAACAUAGUUGUGGCUGACUUUCUCAUGGGCCUGACUUACCCUUUCAAAGUCCUUGGUGACUCAGGCCUCGGCCCCUGGCAGGUAAAUGUGUUUGUGUGCAGGGUCUCUGCCGUGAUCUUCUAUGUUAAUAUGUACGUCAGCAUCGUGUUCUUUGGGCUCAUCAGCUUUGACAGGUACUAUAAAAUUGUGAAGCCCCUUCUGACUUCUAUUGUGCAGUCGGUGAACUAUAGCAAGCUGCUGUCCGUGCUCGUGUGGGUGCUCAUGCUGCUCCUUGCUGUCCCAAACAUCAUCCUGACCAACCAGGGUGUCAAGGAUGUCACGAAUAUACAGUGCAUAGAUCUCAAAAGCGAGCUUGGGAGGAAGUGGCACAAGGCGUCUAACUAUAUCUUCGUGAGCAUCUUCUGGAUCACGUUCCUGCUGCUAAUCGUCUUCUACACAGCCAUCACGAGGAAGAUCUUCAAGUCUCACCUCAAGUCCAGGAAGAAUUCCACCUCCGUCAAAAGGAAGUCUAGCCGCAAUAUCUUCAGCAUCGUGCUCGUUUUUGUCAUCUGCUUUGUACCUUACCACAUUGCCAGAAUCCCCUACACAAAGAGUCAGACGGAAAGUCACUACAGCUGCCGGACGAAGGGGAACCUGCUCUAUGCGAAAGAAUUCACUCUGCUACUCUCGGCUGCUAAUGUGUGUCUGGACCCCAUUAUUUACUUCUUCUUAUGCCAGCCUUUUAGAGAGGUCUUAAAUAAGAAGUUACACAUGUCACUCAAAGUCCAGAAUGACCUAGAGGUUUCCAAAACCAAAAGGGAAAAUAUGAUUCAUGAAAGCACGGAUACUUUGUAAAUUCCCAUUCCCUUCCAAGUAUUAUCAGUCUUGUUACAUGAUAAUUAACAUAUAUGAAUAAAAAAGCAGGCUUGUGAUGAGAAGUAACUUAGCUAGCAAUACUAUCCAAUAAUAUGUAG